CGUAAAAGAAUUAGACCUUUGACAAAAUAGAAAAGACCUACUUGCCGGCCCAUAAAAAAUGUAGGAAGGUCCACAUUUUACAUGUGGAUCUUGGGACUAUGGAAGAACAACUCCUAUCAAUCUAUACCUUUUAAGUUUUAAUUCAAGCAUAGCUUAAGUUUGGAUUUUAAGAUUUAAGCCAUAUUUAGCAUCAGUGUUAAAGGCAAGGUCAAUGCCAAAGAGCUUGAAAUAGUAAUGAGAUCAUUGGGACGGAGCUUGUCAGAAGCAGAGCUGGAAGAAAUGAUCAAAGAAGCAGACACCGACGGGAGCGGAACGGUAGACUUCAACGAGUUCAUUGAGCUAAUGGCUUCUAAUAAGUUGGGUCGUGAAGAGGAGGAAGAGUUGAGGGAUGCGUUUCGAGUUUUGGAUAAGGACAACAACGGGCAUAUCACCGUCGACGAGCUCCACCACGUGAUGCACAGUCUCAGCCAAAAGUUGAAUGAUGCACAAGUGGAGGAGUUAAUGGAGGAGGCAGAUAUGCACAACAAUGGGGUGAUUGAUUACCAACAGUUUGUGAAUGACUGAAUGUUAUCAUGUCAAGAGGUCGACUGAGGAGCCUGGAAAGCAGAGGCCGGAGCCAGAAAGAGGUGCGUAAAGGCAAGAAACAGCGCAAAUCAAAACAUUGUCUACUC